UAUUUUUCAGGACAUUGUAAUGUAUGCUCACUUUAACAAAUUAAACUAUUUCUGCACAGAAUGUAUUUACUCUCCAAAUGCUUAUCGAAUGAAUGCACGCUCAUUUAUUAAAGAAUUGGAAAGGAUAAGGCCUAGGGCGAUUUUGGAUAUUGUCCGGUCUGGGGAACAAUUUAAAUUAAGAGCUAAUGUGGCUGAACAAAUAUUAUCAAAAUGUGUAAAGUGUGGGUAUAUAACAAGUCAAAAAUAUUGUAAAGCUUGUUUGCUCCUAUAUGGACUAAACAAUGAUGACCCAACUGUUGGAAUUGCUAGGGUUAGUUUAUUUGAAAUAAUAUGGGUGAUAUUUUACGAAAUAUCUAUCAAUAAGGAGGUUGGCAGACAAAAUGCCUAUAAGGGAGGUAAUCGACAAAACGCCUAUCAAGGGGAUUAG